AUGCAGACCCAAACCGCCAACCCUUCAGAUGUCAAAUUAGUGCCCCGUCGUACGUUACAGGGCCACUCGGGUUGGGUCUGGGAUGUGGCACUCUCCCCCGAUGGUAUGAUGGCGGCCUCGGCCUCCAACGACACGACGGUUCGGGUCUGGGGCACCAGCGCGACGGGAUCGUUGCAUCGCGUCUUCAAGGGCCAUUCCGGCCCCGUGCGAGCCGUCUCCUUCUCGCCCGAUAGCCAGCGUGUGGCCUCUGCCUCGGAUGACAUGAUCGUUCGAGUGUGGGAGAUUGGCACCGGGGUGGUCUCUCGGGCCCUGCAGGGCCACUCGGGUUGCGUGAGAUCGGCCGCCUUCUCCCCCGAUGGCCAGCUGAUCGCCUCGGCCUCGGACGAUCAGACCGUUCGGGUGUGGGAUUUGCGAACCGGCGAGACACUCAAAGUCUUCCACGGCCAUGAGGGCUGGGUGCGGAUCGUCAAGUUCUCGCCCGAUGGCAAACUGCUGGCCUCGGCAGCCGAUGAUUGUACGGCUCGAAUCUGGGAUGUCCAGACGGGGGAAUGUGGUGCGGUCCUUCGCGGUCACUCAGACUACGUGCGAACUGUCAACUUCUCCCCCGACGGGUCGAUGGUGGCCACGGGGUCCAAAGAUCGAACCGUGCGUCUCUGGCGUGAUGGGGCUCUAUCGACCAUCCUGGAGGGGCAUUGCAGCUGGGUGAAAGAUGUCAUCUUCUCUCCCGACAGUAGCAUGGUGAUCUCUGCUGCAGACGACUCAACCAUCCGGCUAUGGAGUUCCACGUCUGGCGCCGCCUGCGGAAUCCUGGGUCCCGUCCAGGGUUGGGAACGGGCCAUGGCAUUUUCGCGUGAUGGAAAACUUGUUGUUUCCACAGCGGAUGAUAUGACGGUGAGAAUUCUGGAGACGGAUGAUCGGGUAUGGUCUUGUCAAUAA